GAGCCAGAAGAACCAGAGAAUCCUGAGGAGCCAGAGGCUCCAGAAGAACCAGAGAAACCUGACAUGCCAGAGAAACCUGACAAGCCAGAGAAACCAGAUAAACCUGAAAAGCCAGAAAAACCAGAGAAACCUGACAAGCCAGAGAAACCUGAAAAGCCAGAAAAGCCAGAAAAACCUGACAAACCUGACAAGCCAGAAAAACCAGAGAAACCCGACAAGCCAGAGAAACCUGACAAGCCAGAGAAACCAGAGAAACCAGACAAGCCAGAGAAACCUGAGAAGCCAGAGAAACCAGAGAAACCAGAGAAACCUGAGGAACCUGACAAGCCAGAGAAACCUAAGAAGCCAGAGAAACCCGAAAAAUGCAAACACAAGGGUGGCAGACCAGAAUGCAAGGGAUAUGGUUGCACUCAAAAACCAGAAUGUUGGACAGAAUGGUUUGACAGUGAUGACCCAACUGGAACAGGAGAUUUCGAAUUACUUGACAGUCUCUACAAAGAAAACAUUGGAAAGAUCUGCAAUAGUCCACUUGAUAUUGAGGUCCAAACUACAUCCGGACUAAGUGUAGCUGAAACAGGGGAUGUCAUUAGUGUUUCUGAACCAACUGUCGGAUUCAUCUGUAAAAACUCUGACCAGAAGGACUGCGAUUGUCAUGAUUAUCGUGUUCGUUUCUUGUGUCCCACUGACUUCUGUAGCCAAAAAGUGUGCUGGACCAAAUGGUAUAAUGGAGAUAGUCCCAAUGGAAUUGGGGACUGGGAGCUCCUGUGUAACCUGAGGAAGGCGAAUCCAGGAGAAAUCUGUAAAAUCCCUCUCUACAUAGAUGUUGUUACCAGUGACACGAAAACUCCAGCCACCUCCACUGGACAGACAGCCCUUAUCUUCAGCCCAACUACAGGGUUCGUCUGUCGCAACCGGGACCAGAAGGGUGCCAGGUGCCGUGACUAUGAAGUACGCUUCGGGUGCGCAUGCUAGUCUCACAACCGACUCCGUAGACACUGAAAAGGAAACAUUUUUAAUUAACUUAUUUUCUUCUUGCACUUUUUAAAUGUAUUUAUGAACUUCUGCUAAAUUAUAUUUAAAACGAAUUUGUAUUUAAAUUAUCAGGGUGUUUUGCAUUGUUUGCACAGGUGCACUCAAAUUUUUCCAUGCACCGCCGACUACAGUCACCCUAUACGCCACACUCUAUGCAUAUUGAAGAUAUUUAACGUGUGUGUGUGAUUGUGUGUGUGUGUGUGUGUGUGUGUGUGUAUAUAUGUAUGUAUGGCGCUAAAUUGUUUCAGUCUGAACCAAAGUAGUAAACUGAUUAAGAUCAUCUUUUUAGCUCUAAACCGAGAAUUUCAGGUUGGGAAACACUUCAUUUAAAGAUGAUAACUCUAUCAUGUUUUUAAAUCCAAAUAUGCUUUGCUUUCCUGUUUGUGUAUAUGUUACUUUGAUCAUGUUCACACCAUAGACAGGUAUUCUGCUCUAAUCACUAUUAUGCAUUAUAAAAAUAAAAAAAAAA